AUGGCUCCCAAGGCUCGCAUCCUCCACUCGCAGUCAAUGCCUCCUCCGACGCCGACGACUCCCCCCGUGGCCGCCGAGCCGCCGUGGCCGUGGUCGUGGCCAAACCCAUCGCCAUCGCCAGAAGCGCGAAACCUCAGCAGCGACGCCGAAACAGAAACGAGCCGCACCCAUGCCAUGGCAGCCGACGCAGCCAACCAGCCCGCCUGA